GAGAGAGAAAGCUUUGCUCAUUCCAGCAGGGCUUAGGGCUUCUGGCCAUCUGUCCACACUUUGGAAUCAACUGACAAAUAGGGGGACCACACUAAAGCUGGCAGGAACAGGAGAAGGACUAUUUACUGGGGAAAGUAAAGUAUCCAAAGAGCUCAGCAGGUUUCCUUAUACAAUUUGUGUUGGAGCUUAGAAGAGAAAUUUUAGAAAAGCUUCUUCCUCCCUUGGCUGAGAAGUGGGAUUACGCCAUUGGUGUCCAAGGAUUUUUCCUUCUCAGAAGUACAGUAGGGCUGGAUCUGUCAUUUUUAUCAAAAUAACAGAGCCUACCAACCCUGAACCAACACUUUCAAAAUGAAUAUAAAUAUGAUCACAAUGAAUAUAACUGGGAAGGAUGGGAAAGUCUCAGAAGGAGGCCUCAACGUCACAUUGACAAUACGGCUCUUAAUGCACGGAAAGGAAGUUGGAAGCAUUAUUGGAAAGAAAGGUGAAACAGUUAAAAAGAUGAGAGAAGAGAGUGGUGCUCGAAUCAACAUUUCCGAGGGAUCAUGCCCUGAGAGGAUUGUCACAAUUACAGGCCCCACAGAUGCCAUAUUCAAAGCUUUUUCCAUGAUUGCACUUAAAUUUGAAGAGGACAUAAAUGCUUCAAUGACAAACAGCACAGUGACAAGCAAACCACCUGUGACGCUCAGGCUUGUGGUUCCAGCCAGCCAGUGUGGGUCAUUGAUAGGAAAAGGGGGAUCCAAGAUAAAAGAGAUCCGAGAGACUACAGGAGCUCAGGUUCAAGUAGCAGGGGACAUGCUGCCAAACUCCACAGAGAGAGCUGUAACAAUCUCAGGCACUCCAGACGCCAUCAUUCAGUGUGUGAAACAGAUCUGCGUGGUCAUGCUUGAGUCUCCACCAAAAGGUGCUACCAUUCCCUACCGCCCCAAACCAGCCUCAGCACCCAUCAUAUUUGCAGGAGGCCAGGUCAGAGCAGACACCAUCUUGGCAUCAGCAGGAAACCAUACAGUCUUGGCACAGCCACAGCCAGCACCUACCUUUACAAUUCAGGGGCAGUACGCUAUUCCUCAUCCCGAUUUGACCAAGCUUCACCAGUUGGCUAUGCAGCAUAACCCUUUUACUCCCCUUGGGCAGACCAACCCUGGUUUCCCUGGACUGGAUGCCACAGCUCCAACUAGUUCCCACGAGCUCACAAUUCCAAAUGAUUUAAUAGGUUGUAUAAUCGGCAGACAAGGCAGCAAGAUAAAUGAAAUCAGGCAGAUGUCAGGGGCACAGAUUAAAAUUGCCAAUGCCAUUGAGGGCUCCGCAGAGCGACAGGUCACAAUAACGGGAUCACCCGCAAACAUCAGCUUAGCACAGUACCUCAUUAAUGCAAGCUUAGAGAUGGCUAAAAUCAGCACCCAGACUGCUACCGUCUCGACCCCUGUUGACCUCAACAUGAACCUCUCUCAGUCUGCCACCCCUACCUCCACCCCUUCCUCUAUGGCUGUCCUGGCAGCGGCGCCGCCUGCCGCCGUCAACGUCAAUACCCCUCCCCCUUUACCGACCACCCACUAUGCCGUUCCUGUCUCCAGUCUGCUUGGCAUGAAAACUGUCCCACUCCUGGCGCUAAACGCCGCGGCCGCAACGGGGGCCACAGGGAGUUUAUCUGCUUAUACUGCUAAAAUCCCAUCGACGGGUGGGGUUAAGAAAUCUGACCGCCAGAAGUUUGCUCCAUAUUGAGAAGGGAUGAAAGAAUGCAAGGUUUUACUUCCCUACCAUGAUCCUGUGGUAGAUCUUUAUAGUAUCCAAGGAAACAGAAGCCCUUACUCUUUAUUUAUUUUAAUUUUAUUUUUUACAAAUGAUUUAAUAAAAUAGAUAAGCUAA